ACAAUAUUCAAGUGAUAAAAGCAUUACACAAAUGCAAUACAAAUAGUGAAUCAAUUGAUCCACACUUUUGAUGUUAUUGUGGACAACAGUUAUCGCAUGAUAUACAAGACCUGCUUAUAGUAAUGACAAYAACAUAAUGGCAGACAUAACUGAUUACAACUUUAAUUUGUUUAUAUUUGUCACGUUUUGGUCACUCUUUAAUGCAUUCAUACCAUUGAUGGUUAAAGUGAUACUAAAUGUCUUCUUGAAUGAGACAAAAAUGGAGACAUCAUUGCGGCGACAGAUUCGCGACCUUAAGACAGAAUUGUCUGAUAUCUCGAUGUCCGACGAGUUCGCCAAAUACGCUAAAAUCGAUAGAAAGCUUAACAAAGCCAAGGAUCAGCUGAAAAGCCAAUCCGAUAGUCAGACCAUUGUUCGUAUCAAAGCUCGUGUUUUAUUUUACGUUAUUUUCUACUCUAUUUCGGCCGUAGUGACCGUAUAUUUAUUGUGGAACUAUCGGUACGAAGUAUUGUUCAGAAUUCCCGAACAUCUCUUCUAUCCGUUUGGUUUUAUUCUGGCCUUUCCUACCGGUGUUUCCGGUGCCAUCGGUAUUACUUCAUGGACAGCCAUCACUACAUUUAUUGGCCGCAAUAUUGUUAACUUGAUUUCAUAAGUUACGGUACAUUAAAUUAUAUCACAAAUCUAUCAUUUUAAAUGUAUAUAUUGUAAAUUACAUUAUACUGUAUUUCAAAAUUUAUUUGUUUAGUUUUUUUAAAGAUACAUAAAAGAUCAUUUUUUCUAUUGCCGGUAGUACAGUAUAAUAAARUGUAAUACAGUAUAAUUAUUACCACUAAAAUAAUUAUUAAAAUUAAUUUACCGGUAA